AUUCUGAAUAUACCAGUCUUGGAGUGUACCGAUGUGGUUCCCAGUGGCCCUCGGGCUCUCGCAGGACUUUAGGAAGAGGCAAACACUUAGAAGGACCACAGUGGAGACAGGAAUUGCAGCUUUUGAAUGCUUCUCCCUGUGGCUGUGGACCUGGAGCCUUUAUAAGGUGAGCCAGUGCACCCUCCUGUCCAGUCGCAGCUGCGAAGCCGGCCAGCCAUGAGGGUCUACUACUUUCUCUUUGUGUUGUUCUUCUUGUUCUUGCUGCCUGUUUCAGGCAGUGGAAGAAUCGUAAAUAUAUUACAAAAGUAUUAUUGCAGAAUGAGAGGCGGCCGGUGUGCUCUGUUUGGCUGUCUUCCGAGGGAGAUACCCUUAGGCCUUUGUUCCCACAGUGGUCGAAAGUGCUGCCGAAGGGAGAGAUGAAAAUUCCAGAAGCGCGAUGAGAAUGUCGCCAAGUGUGAAAAUGCUCCCGCGGGGUCUAUAGAAGCCAAAUCAAAUUAAAGAUUUUUCACAAAAAAAUUAGAAGGUGGAUUAUUGUUUUUUCUUUUAAUUCUGGUUAUGGUGCUAGUUGUUACCAAACAGGCAACUUAGGAAGUGUUGCUGACUCACCUUUAAUUCAAAUAAAGUAUUAUCUCUGGAGCAAGCCACGAGGGGAUCUAAACUGAUGUUCCCGGGGUUAUCAGACUUUAUUCCUCUUUUGCAAAUCUUGCACCCCAGUGACACAGGACUCCUCGUUCUUCCUGAAAUAUUUUCUUCACUUACUUGUCACCCAUUUUGAGUUUCCAGUUCAUCUAUAAGCCAUAGCCUCUCCCCAUCAAAUCUAUGUCUCAUUUUUUGAUGAUGGCCAUUCUGACUGGUGUGAGGUGAUAUCUCAUUGUGCUUUUGAUUUGCAUUUCUCUAAUGAUUAGUGAUGUUGAGCAUCCUUUCAUGUGUUUGUUGGCAAUCUGUAUAUCUUCUCUGGAGAAAUGUCUAUUUAGGUCUUCUGCCCAUUUUUGGAUUGGGUUGUUUUUUUGUUAUUGAGCUGCAUGAGCUGCUUGUAUAUUUUGGAGAUUAAUCCUUUGUCAGUUGCUUCAUUUGCAAAUAUUUUCUCCUAUUCUGAGGGUUGUCUUUUCGUCUUGUUUACGGUUUCCUUUGCUAUGCAAAAGCUUUUAAGUUUCAUUAGGUCUCAUUUGUUUAUUUUUGUUUCUAUUUCCAUUUCUCUAGGAGGUGGGUCAAAAAGGAUCUUGCUGUGAUUUAUGUCAUAGAGUGUUCUGCCUAUGUUUUCCUCUAAGAGUUUGAUAGUAUCUGGCCUUACAUUUAGGUCUUUAAUCCAUUUUGAGUUUAUUUUUGUGUGUGGUGUUAGGGAGUGUUCUAAUUUCAUUCUUUUACAUGUAGCUGUCCAGUUUUCCCAGCACCACUUAUUGAAGAGGCUGUAUUUUCUCCAUUAUAUAUUCUUGUCUCCUUUAUCAAAGAUAAGAGAGUGUGGAGAAAAAGGACUUGCACUGCUGGUGGGAAUGUGAAUUGGUACAGCCACUAUGGAGAACAGUAUGGAGGUUCCUUAAAAAACUAAAAAUAGAACUACCAUACGACCCAGCAAUCCCACUACUGGACAUAUACCCUAGAGAAAACCAUAAUUCAAAAAGAGACAUGUACCACAAUGUUCAUUGCAGCUCUAUUUACAAUAGCCAGGACAUGGAAGUAACCUAAGUGUCCAUUGACAGAUGAAUGGAUAAAGAAGAUGUGGCACAUAUAUACAGUGGAGUAUUACUCAGCCAUAAAAAGAAACAAAAUUAUUUGUAGUGAGGUGGGUGGACCUAGAGUCUGUCAUACAGAGUGAAGUAAGUCAGAAAGAGAAAAACAAAUACCAUAUGCUAACACAUAUAUAUGGAAUCUAAAAAAAAAUGGUUCUGACGAACCUAGGGGCAGGACAGGAAUAAUGACGCAGAUGUAGAGAAUGGACUUGAGGACAUGGGGAAGGGGAAGGGGAAGCUGGGAUGAAGUGAGAGAAUGGCAUGGACAUAUAUACACUACCAAACAUGAAAUAGAUAGCUAGUGGGAAGCAGCCGCAUAGCACAGGGAGAUCAGCUCGGUGCUUUGUGACCACCUAGAGGGGAGGGAUAGGGAGGGUGGGAGGGAGACGCAAGAGGGAGGAGAUAUGGGAACAUAUGUAUACGUAUAGCUGAUUCACUUUGUUAUACAGCACAAACUAACACAGCAUUGUAAAGCAAUCAUACUCCAAUAAAGAUGUAAAAAAAAAAUCUACCUCUGAAACUUCAGUGCAUCCCUCAGGGUUUUUCCCAGGUCCCUCUGAACACUUUACACCUCAGAGAAGUGGGAAGCCUGACUCUUCCUCAGCCAUUCCACUGGUUUUCCUCUCAUCCUUGCCUCUGUUCUGGCUGACCUCAUGUCUGGCAUAUAAUCUCUCCCCUAGCUUUGUCUCCAAACUUUAAGCCACCUCUCAGGGGCCAUCUCAAAUUCUACCUCCUUCUGGAAAACACAGCUGAUUUCCCAAACAAAUACAGCCUUUCCCCUGACUCACCACAGGGCUCUGACUUAAGUACUCCAGCUGAGUCUUGCUUAAUUUUUGCAUCGUACACAUUUGCAUAUUUCCAAUCUCCAUAUUUGGUCGAAGGAUUUUGAAGGGCAAGGACCUUGUCUUAAUCACUUCUGGCCUAAGUGUCUUGACACAAAAGCUGCUCAACAAGUGUUUAGUGAGUUGAAGUACAUUCCAAGGCGUUGGAGCCAUUGCUCCAACUAAGUAUUUAGUGGUCUCUCGAGGCUGAUAUGGAAUGAUUCCAGCCAAUGGAGUGGGAGGCUCAUUGCCUCCGAUUCUAGCCCCCAGUCAAGGCACUGGGCUCGUAGGAAGAGGGGAGCGGACACUCAAGGACAAGAGCUUGGACCCCACGAUUCAUCAUAAAAAAAAAAAACAAAAAAAAACUGCUGCAGGAACCGCCCUCUUACAGUAUACAGCUAAGGAACCAGACAAAAUGUGUCAAACCACUGUUUCAGACACUGGACACAAGCAGUGCAGGACAAUGAUUGAGGAGAGAUGAAAACAAGUGAGGGGAAACUUAGGAAGUCUCCAGCCUCUACAGGAGACAGAUUUCCAGGCUAAAGCGUAGAGAGGAAGAACCCAAACAGACCAGCAAUUCUUCUGAGUUGAAGAGACUGGGAUCAAAGUUCAAACAGCACAGGACAUCCUCAUUUCCAGGACAGAAAACCAGCAAGGGGCAUCAGGAUGGGGGUGGGGCUCCUGAGGGUGUAUGGGAAAUCUCUGUACCUUUCAUUCAGUUCUAAAGUUGCUCUCAAAAAUGCAGUCUAUUAUUUUCAAAUAAGGUAAAAACUUUAAACAUAAUAACAACAACAAAAUGCUAAGAAAAUUCCUGAGCAGCAAACUUGUUCUAUAUUAAAAAAAAAAAUUACUCAGGCAGAAGGAAAAUGAUACCAGAUGGAAAUCUGGCUCUACAAGAUAGAAUAACGUGUGAUGCUAAGACUCUAGACACUAUCUUCAGGAGAGAGAUGGUCAUUUUGUUAGGGGAACCACUGACUGAAACUGCCCGCCUUGACCAGGUAGGAUAGUAACCACUUGCCUGAGUUAUCUUACAACAGGAGGUCCUGAUAAGGAACACAGACCUAACAAGCUACCACCAGCAGGAAGAAUUCGGGAAAGGUCAAAAGGAGAGAGGAGACACCAGUCCAUAUGUCCUGCCAACCUCCCAGAGUCCUUUGCACUGGAAUCCAUCUUGGCUGAGUGAUGCGUGCACCACGAGGAAGGACCCUGAGUCAGAGUGAUUGGCCAGAGACAACCUGGAAACAAACCUCAUUACAUAAAACCCAAGACUGCGAGCCCUGCGGUACAGCAUUCUCCUGGGUUCCAUGACCCUGCUGCUCUCCACCCGGGCGCCCCUUCCCAAUAAAGUCUCCUGCUUUGUCAGCAUGCGUGUCUCCUCGGACAAUGCACUUCUGAGUGUUAGACAAGAGCCCACUCUCGGGCCCUGGAAGGGGUCCCCCUGAUCCUAUGUGACUGAGUGUUCUAAACCUUUUUGACAAAACUUCCCAAAUCAAAUUGUAAUGAAGUUUCUUUGACCUCUGGCUAACUUUGGGAUGCUUCAAAGGGCCCCUGAAACAUCCCAAAGAGAGAUAUUAAACUAAUUAGGUUCAUUUGGUAUGUUAAAUUAGAUAGGAGGUGUUGUCAAAUGAGUAAUACAUCUUUUUAGGUUGUAUUGUAUGCUAAAUGUUACUAAUAUAGAUAUUCUAGAAAUUAUAUGUGAUUCCUAAAAAUGUGAUAUGUUCUGAUAAAAUGUUAUCAGUCAUAAUUCUAGUGAUUAUCUUAAAGUGUUGUAUGUCACGACAGUAAUCAAGUUUCUUUGUCAAUUGCAUUGUAAUCAGAUUUUAAACGUACCUUCUUGUAACUCUUUUGUCAUUGUCUUUAGUUAUGGUUUUAUUCUGAUGCCUUUGCAAAAAUGCUUCCUCUUCAAGAGGAUUUAUAGAAAGGGCUUUUGGAUAAAUAUAAGUUUCUGACUUUCAGACCAGAAAGCUGAACUGGGUAAGAAAUUGAAAAAUUCUAAUGGGAAACCUGAUGACUUCAUAAAUCUGUUAAUAAAAAGGAUUAGUUACAUAGGACUGAGUGAACUGGUGAAUAUGGUUAUAAAUUUUAUGGUUUCUAUCUGAAAAAUUACUGGUUUAAACCUGUGUUUUCUAGGUGGAAGGAAAACCUUCCCCUCAAACUAAUUACGACUUACAGUAAUUUGGUAAAUUAUACAUUUGUAAGCAGAACUGAAACAUGUAUCUUUUCUCUCUCUCUCUUCCUCCAGACAUUGGAAACUCUUAGGUUCCCAUCAGCUUUAUCAGAUAAAUUAGGAAGGCCACUCACUAACAGGUACAGAAAUUUCAAGGUAUUUUGGUGACCUUGAAAAGGGAUGAAUUCACCUAAAUCUGUUAAGCAAAAUCUGUGAUAAGCCCUUGGCUUGACUUUCCUAGCCUGGAGAGGUCUUUUAAAAGUUCAGCCUGAGACUUCUUUUAAAAGAUUCAGCAAAAAAAAAAAAAAAAAAAAAAGAGUCUGUAUGAUCAAUUACAGUUAUAUAAAUCAUCAGGCCAAGUUUAUUGAGAUCAGACCUAUUCUGCAAACAAACUAGUCUUAAUUUCUUUAUCUUUGGUAAAAAAUGAGGGCAAUUUUAGAGAGAAAAAGAUUAUGUUUCAGUGAAUAUUAAAUUCCAGUUUUGUUAAUGGUGGUCUGAAUUUACAAAGACUCACCUCUCACGUAGUUCCUUGCUGUUAUGUUAUAUUAGUGUAAAGUCUAAUUGAAUUAUUAAAAGGACCCUCUAAGUCUGUUUCUGAAGCUUAUCUCAGUAACCCGUCUUUGGAUGAAGAUCAGAUGCCCCACGACCUGCAACCAGGGAAUUAUGCAUACUGGAAAAGACAUAAUUUAAAGAACUAUCUCCAACCUAGAUGGAAGGACGCUUACCAGGUACUCUUACAUAGCCCGUGCACAGUGAAACUGAAGGGAAUUGACUCUUGGAUUAAUUUCCACUCACAAAGGGCCCCUGCACUGGACAGGCCUACAGAGGGGAUAGCUGACCUCAAAAUCACCUUAAAACCAUGCUCAAACCGAGGCGAAACUUCACUGACAACAGGAUGAGAAGAAGACGACAUCAGAAGUAGACAGCUUGCACAAGGCCCUGGACCUGACUCGUAUGAUCAUUUAUAAUGUUUUCUUGACUUCUUGGAUGCUCGCAUAUGAAUCAAAUGUUUUUCUGUCAUAGGCAUGAUCCUAUGCUAGUUUUAAAAAUCAUUCCAAUUGUCGGUUUUGUGGCCAGUUGCCUGUGUCUAGUACUUCUGGGUUACCUUGGUGGAUUUCUUCAUUCCAAGGCUGUCAUUGGUUAGCCCUUAGGAAAUUUAUUUUAAAGAAAAAAUUAUAGUCCUGUUCAAGCCACUGUUGAUAUUACUAGGUGGGAUCCCCUCACGUAGCCAAUUAAUAAUACCUGCUCUGACCCUGGCCAUAAAUAUAAAUUUUUCUCUAUUACUCCAGCUCCAUCAGAGCAACAAGCAAAAUCUCAUAUCAGUGAUUGUGAUAGUGUGACUCUAGAUAUGGGGAGAAGCAGCAAGAGGGAAUACUUUCCUGGACCAAAAUAGACUACUAAGACAGGUGGUCCAAAGACUUUUGUCUACUAGUAAGGCCUAGUCCAGUAACAGCACACUGAGUAGCCUAUCAGCAAAAUCUUCACCAGACCUGGGAAGGAGCAUUCCUAGCACCGUGCGAUGAAAUGCCUCCCAAAGCACGGUCAAAGUUAUGACCGUGAGGAUGUCCUGUCACCUACAAAUUGGCACUUGCCAUCUACCUCUACAAGGAUUAAACCAUGACCUGCUGCAACUGCUGACCUUCAACAGCUCCUGAAAGGAGUUCAGGGUGGAGAUCAGAAAUGAGGCUCUCUGUGCUCUGGAAAAACUAGUAGAACAGGCCUUCAGAUAGUUAGAUACUGUCAGAAGAAGAUUUUUAUGAGCCCAAAUUCUUGCAUCUUCUCAUAUCUAGAAAAGCACUCAAAUGAUUAACGUUGACAUCCACUUUGGCCAUUAAGGAGAGAAAUGCAACUGAAAGUCAAAAUGGAGUAGCUGUGGUUCAGACAUCCAAUGCGGUUCAGGCAUUAUGGAUGUGAUUUCAGACAAGUUCUUGCUAAGAACUAAGAAGAAUACUUAGCAAAUACUGCUAAGAACUUGAGUUUUCUGAGCUGUGUCAGACUUGGGAUGCCACCAGCCAUUCUCAAAACAAUGCCUGCUGGCAGCUGGUAGCUGCAGCCUUAUGGUUUCAAGGUAUCCUCUUGUAACUAUUAAAUUUUUAGACAAUGAAAUUGUUUUAGAUCAGAUAUUAAUAAAAAAAUAAAUAAAAGAAGAUGUUUGGUGGCCAAUAGCUCCUGUUAUGUAUAAGUUAACACCACAUCAGAAGUUCAAACCUACUUAGAUAAAAGUAAACAACUGGCUACCCAGCUACAAGUCUCCCCAAGGUGCAAGGUACAGACUGGGUCUCAGGCUUAUUCUUCUGAUUUCCUCAGGGAAUAAGAUUUAUUUUGUCUAUUAAAAUUCCAGCUGUCACUCCUCCAACUACUUCUAAUUGGGUCUGUUACACCAAAAUGGCAGACCAAGGGAUUGAGAUUUUAAUCAUACAAGACUCACAUCCUGGUGAGCCUUGUAGGGCAUGGUCCUGGUUCCCUUUCAAGGAGUAUACAUAACAACAUUUUUGAGUUCUUCUGCAGAAAAGGGACCCCGCCCAGGUGGAGGAUGGUAACUUCAGGCUGAGCCCAACAUUCCUGGAGCACCACCCUGUUACCUCGUCACCAACUAUCAGAAGACAGUCACACCCUGCAGCCCUCACCCCAAAUUUUGCCUUUCUUUUCUGGGCCUGACGAUGACCACCCUGUUAGGCUUCCUGUUUGGCCCCUGUCUGUUUCAACUGUUUACCAGGUUAAUCUCUGCCAGAGUCCAACAGUUUAAGGCUAAAUUGUUGCUACUACAAGGGUCAAUGCCAGUUUGGGGCACAGAAUAUGUCGAUUAAGAUCAGGUGGAGAGAGACUUCAACUCUACUAGGCAGGACUACACUCACUCUCAGAAGGAAAUAGUUACAGAAGAAAGACCUCUGCCUCAAUUUCCAAGAAGUAUCUUGAGUAUGAAGUCUCUCAGGGGGAAAUUGUUAGGGGAGCCACAUGCCUCGGGGCCAAGAAACCAAAACAUAAAACAGAAGCAAUAUUGUAACAAAUUCAAUAAAGACUUUAAAAAUGGUCCACAUCAAAAAAAUCUUAAAAAAAGGAACACAUGUUAAUACUGAAUCAGAAUGUACCUAGCAACAGAAUUUUAAAGUUCUUAAAGAAAAACUUAUAGAAAUAAGAGGAGAAACAGACAAAUUAACAAUUACAAUUGGGUAUUUCAGCACUUUUCUGCUUGUCAUGAAAAGAAAAAGCAGACAAAGUAUCAGAUAUAGAAGAGUUGAAAAACAGUAGAAAAAGUUUUUUUAAAAGCUGAUACUUUGAGAGGAUCAACACAAUUGUUAGAGCUCUCACUAGGUUCAUUAAGGGGGGAAAAAGGAAAUUACAAGAUGCCUCAGGUGUAUGCCCACCCUCCAGGCAAGUAGGAAAAUGAGAACAGUUCUGCAUCUCAGCAUUAUGUAAACAAGGAGUUGCCACAGGUGGCAGUGAUCUACACCCACAUUCAUUACCUCCUACAAGGUAAAGCUCUUAUUAUUUUUUUUAAAUUUAAGGUGUACUACCAAAAGCAACUACAGAUACAAUGCAAUCUCUAUCCAAAUUCCAAUUCCAUUUGUAGGUCUUUUUUAGAAAAAUGUCUAUUCAUUUCCUUUGCCCAUUUUUUAAUCAGGUUGUUGUUUUGUUAUUGAGUUGUAUGAGUUUCUUAUACAUUUUGUAUAUUAACACCUUGUUAGACAUAUGAUUUGCAAGUAUUUUCUCCCAUUCUGUAGGUUGCCUUUUCAUUUUGUUAAUUGUUUCAUUUUGUCGAUUGUUUCUUUUGCUGCUCAUAGCCAACAGGUUUAGAAAAAGAUGCUCAAUGUCACUAAUCAUCAGGGAAAUGCAAGUCAAAACCACAAUAUCACCUCACAUCUGUAAGGUUGGCUACUAGCAAAAAAAAAAAAAAGAUGAAAGAUAUUGGCAAGAAUGUGGAGAAAAGGGAACCCUUGUAUAAUUUUGAUAGGAAUGUAAAUUGGUCCAGCCAUUAUGGAAAACAUUAUGGAGGUUUCCUAAAAAAACUAAAAAUUGACCUACCAUAUGAUCCAGCAAAAUCCCACUUCUGAGUAUAUACCCAAAGGAAAUAAAAUCAGAAUCUCAAAGAGAUAUCUGUACCCUCAUCUUCAUUGCAGCAUUAUUCACAAUAGCCAAGAUAUGGAAACAACCUAAAUGCCCAUUAAUAGAUGAAUGGAUAAGGAAAAUGUGAAUACAUAUAUUGGAGGUAAUAAUAAUAUAUAAUAUAUUCCAAUAAAUGUGGAAUAUAUUAUAUUCCAAUAUAAUAUAUUCCAAUAAAUGUGGAGUAUAUUAUAUUCUAAUAUAAUAUAAUGGAAUAUUAUUCAGCCAUAAAAAGAAGAAAAUCCUGCCAUUUGUGACAACACAGACGAACCUGGAGGACAUUAUGCCAAGCGAAAUAAAUCAAACACAAAAAGAAACAAAAAACAUGUUUACUAGGUGAGAAGAAGAUGUAUUAAUUGUAGCUUAACUGCUCCGUGGCACGUGGGAUCUUCCCAGACCGGGGCACAAACCUGCGUCCCCUGCAUCGGCAGGUGGACUCCCAACCACUGUGCCACCAGGGAAGCCCGGGACACCCCUUCUUGCUUGGAGAACUGAGCCACUUUGCCAGAGAGACACUGCAUCAAUUUCCUAGUCACAGGUGAAAAGGGGUGAGGACAUAGCCUUUAUGUUCCCUUUAAAGAAUGGGACCAUGAGUUACCUUUCAGCCCAGGCAUGAUGGUAACCAUUUUCCACACAGCCUUGUUUUGCUUUGAGCCUGUGAAAACUAACAAUUCAUUUAGAUUUUACCUAAAAUCAACCCUUCCCCCAAUCCUAUAACUACAGCUCUGGUUUCUGGUGAGACACUGCAUAUUUUCACUAGUGUGUGACCUCCUUGCUGAAGCAACAGGAUCCUGCCUCGAUGGACAAAAAUGCCCCUUGGCUUUAUCUCCAGGAUAAACAUAGCUGCAAAGGAGUCAUCCUUAGACCUUGCCAAGGAAAAGAAGCAGCUGCAGUCAUCAAAAUUCCUUACAAGGGCCGUGUCCCUGUGUCCCAAUAGUGACUACACCAGAAGCUUGGAGGGGAACUCCUCUGAAACUCCCUACGGCACCCUGUCCAGCCGUCUUUUUCACUCCCCUUCAGAGACUUCCUGCUGUGGAAAGCCAUGCCCGGUUUUGCACAUAAGACAACAUCAUCAGCUUCCUUUAAAAAUAAAAAAUCUCUGCUGUGCUGCAAACCAUAGAUCUUUAAAACACAGCAUUUUAAAAGAAGAAAGUAGACCACGAUUCAGUUUUACUUCUUUUUCCAGUGCUGUAUUAUAGCACUUAUCCAAUUGACCCUGUAGUAGAGAUUUUGCUUGCAAAAUCUAUAAAUAGAUACAUAUAUUAUUUAUAGAUAAUUAUGCAUAAGUAGAUGUCCAUCUCUCUCAAACAUCAUUUAGAGCUAAAGCGGAAGGACUCACGAUUAAUACAACCUAUUUUCCCUCAGAAAAACCCUACCCCCCGGGGGCCAGGCACGGGGCUCUGUCCACUCCCGGCGGCCUCCAUUGGCUUUGCUGAGCCUCAGAGGCGCUAAGCCACAGCGGGAGACCUCGAACAGACCUGAAGCUCCAGGGGCUCCUUCAGGACUGGGUCCCCCAGGGGGCAUAAAGGACUUGCAGUUCCACUCCGAGCUUCACCACAAGAUCCAAGUGGCAAGUUUGAUCACGAGCUUUGGCAUUUCUGAAAAGCAGACAGGCCACAGGCUCUCAAAUACUAAAGUCACUUAGUGACAGAUGUCGCCCUGAGUAACCCAGUUGAGGGAUCUCCACGGCUGUCCCUGCUUCGUGAUAUUAGACCGAGGAGAUGCGUCCAGUGACAGCAUCAUCCUUCCAAUCUUUCCCUGUUGAACGGAAACGGAGCGCGCAUCUGCGCCACCACCUGUUCCAUUGAGAUGAUGACACAUUUUGGGAGAUUUUCACAUGAAUGUUGCCUAGGUGGGGGUCUCUCUUCCCUCAGUGUCCCAAAGCUCUCCUUGGGCCUGGAAAAAUGUGGCUAUCUCUAGGGACGCUGGGUUUCAGCAAGCCCUGUUUCAUGCCCACAGACUGAAAUUGCCUUGGGAUGGACUAGUUCCUGGUUUGGCCUGAAACAAUCCCAGACUCUCAGGAAAAAACAAAGUGGGCAGAUUCAAAGAUCCCAGGGGAAAGCAAAUGAGGGGCAAGAAGUCUGUUCCCCAGGGGAGACAGGCCCCGCCCCUCAGCCCACCCCCCACCCUUCAGCUGAACUCAGUGCAGGAAGAAGUUUCUGGUCCCAAGGGCAGCAGAAAAGGUCUUCCUGGGGUUUCCCAUGGCCUGAUUAGCAUAAGGGUGACUGACUCUGCUUUGUGUUCUGAAGGCCCUUCCCAUGAGACACAGGGCAGAGGCUCUGUAAUUACCAAAUCUGUAGCAAUACUGAAUUCUCCGGGUAACCUGGAACCUUGAAAAAGGGCAAAGCCCAGCCUCCUCUCCAGUGUCAGCUGCUGUAAAACUCCCCAGAUGCCAGCAUGAGGCUCCAUUACCUCCUUCGUGUUCCUGUUGCCUGUGUCAGUUUUUCAGCAAAACCCUUUGGGAGGCGUGUCUGCAGACCCCACUUCCUCUCCGACCCUCUCAGGGGGUUUCAGAACACUCCACCACUCCACCAAGAUGACUCCAGUCAACAGGGGAUCAUAAUACAUCCUUUAUGACCUCACUCAGCCCUUCCUUUGCCCACUGUUGAUCUGACCCCUAAUUAUGUGGCAACGGACAGGUGCUCGCAGGUGUCCCUGCCUGAAUGGGCAGGCAGCAGACAGCCUGAGGAGGGUGAAGAAGCCAAUUGCAAGGUAGGUUUUCAGGAGAGAAACAUCCGUGGUUGAAGAAGGGGUGGGAAUACAUGCAUAUUUAGGGAGUCAAUAAAAAGGAUAGCUUUCGGUAUCAAAGUAUAGGAGGUGGAAAUGUGGACACAAGCUUUUAGUCUAUACUUUCUUUUCUAUUAUUUAUUAUUAAUUAUUAUAGAAGUAGUACUGGUGCUGGGGCCAAGGAAGUAAGACCCUCACAGCUAGUCUGUAGAAUUAAGUCUGACUUACGUAAGCAGAUUACUACAAACACUUAUUCUAUUUUUCAGUCAACACCACUAAAUUGAAGUAGAGCUCCACUUACUGAAAGAUUCAAAUGCUGGUCAAAAGAUAACAAGCGAAAACCUUUUAUUGCCAAGUUGCUUCUGGACAGAGAGACAAUGUCAGAACAUAUUCAGUUCAUUUAAGAUAGAAGAGAGGGAGAUGAGAGAAGACCAGAUACUAUGACAUUUUAUGACAUACUUUGACAUAUUAUAUCGGGAAUGGGUGAGUGGGUGGGUGUCUGUGCUCAGAAACACUUUUGGAUAAAGUAAGUUAAUGGGCUCUCACCAGACCCUCAACCCAAAGAUUACGUCUGAGCCUUUCUUUCUUUUCUCCCUCCCUUAUGUCCUCCCUCCAUCCAUUUAUUCAUUCACCCGUAAACUGAUUCUUCCAUACUAGGACCUAUUCAUAGAAACAAAUAUUUGACUACCCGUUCUCUGUCAGGCACUGUUCAAGGUGCUGAGAAUGUGAGAUAAUAAAACAGGACUUGUUACUUUAGAAAUUUACAUACAGUGAAAAAGAGAGCUAUAAACGCUAUAAAGCAAAACUGAGAUGACGAGAAGGAAGAGACGGAGAGGAAUGUCAAUGGUUUACCUCGUAUACUUCUGUGCUUUUGACUCAAGAAUACAGUGACGUAAUGCCUCCAGCCCUUAAAGCCUCACCUGGUGGUGGUCUGUACAAGACCUUGGCAUGGUAAGCUUGCUUAUGAUGGAGCAAUUCUCCCCUUAAAAUGGUAGCCAAACAUUUUUGAGAGUAAAAAUGGAGAGAUCAUUUCAACUUCCAAAAUUCCCUUCCUUUUUAAACUCUAAAGCGUGUGAGGGGGUGGUGUUUGUUCUGAAAGGAGAAACGGACAGGAGCAGAGACAUGCAGCAAAGGUGAAUGAAUGAAUGAUUUGCUAAAAGAGUUCAGUUUUUAUUGAUUUUUCUCAAAAAACCACCAAACUUCAGAGCCAUAAGCAGAAGUGAGAAUCAAUGCAGAAACACUGAACGUCCUCAAGUUACGCUCAGGCCCUAACCGAACAUCUUUAGUAGGAAUGUAAGCCUUUUCUCUUUAGCUGAAUUUUUCAAAUUCUUUCCCAGAUCACCUGCCCCCAUUGACACUGCCAGUUCCACCUGGAAUCCUGAAAAUUCCUUUCCCAUCAUGAGGCUACUAUACCUUCUCUUUCUCUUACUUGUAUGUCUUAUCCAGACAACAUCAGGUAA